UGUUCAUAUCACAACACAAAAACCAUCCAUAGGAAUUGGACAAACAAACAAACCGUAACACCUGAAAAACAAAAGCCUCAAAGUAGUUGACGACGAGCAUGGCUUGGUCCGAACCCGAAUCAGCGAUCUGCAAGCACCACCCGACCCACAAACAGCCGCCGGGCGUCUGUUCCUGUUGCCUCCGUGAACGGCUCGCCAAGAUCUCCGGCACCGCCUCGUCGAACAGAUACGGCGACUACACCUCCGCGUCGUCGUCUUGCUCAUCCGGCCGCGUUUCUCCCCGCGGUCACCGCCGGAUAUCCUCCGACGUGGCGGAGGGCCGAUUCUCAUGGAGUGGCGGAUGCGAGGGCGGGUUGAGGAAGAGCAGAUCGAUUGCUUUUGCGGCGGACAGAAGACCCGGCGGCGGCGGCGAGAAGAAGAGGGAAGGGUUUUGGACAAAGCUGAUUAAGUCGGCGGGUAAAAGAACCAAGAAGGUUUUAUUGCAUUAGGGAUACACUCUACUACUCUCUCCCUUUCCAAAAAGACUUCCCAUUCUGAUUUGGGGCAAAAUUGAGGAAGUGUUAAAUUAUAGUUGAUUUUCAAUUUUGCCCCUGAUGUGAUGGGUAAAGUAAGAUGUGAUGGAUGUGUUAUUAGAAAAAAAGUAUGAUGUGAUAGGUAGGGUAUGAAAAAGUAAGGGUAAAAGUAGCUUUUUAAUAGAAUGAGGAAGUGUUUUAUUGAAGGUAGAAAAAAAGAAAGAGGAAGUGUUUUUGAGAACGGAGGGGUACAAUAUACUUAUUCAUACCAUGAUUGUAUUUACUUACGGUAUUUAAUUUAAUUACACAGAGCAUUUCAAUAAAUAUUGAAUUUAAUC